UACAGGCCGAAAGCCACCACUGCAAGUCCGCAACUGCCCUUGGACUUGGAGCCUCCUUCCCACUACCUCACCCUCAACCCCUACCAAACUAACACAGCCCCCCCCCCCCCCACCCCCAUAACUUCUCCUCCUCCUGUUCUUGGCCCCAACUCCGAGCUACCAUUCUCCGUCGAUCUCCUCCGCGAGAGCUAGCUCGCCCAUGGCCUCGGGCUCAAACCCGGACAGCAUGGACACCGACCCUCCCGGCGGCCUCUCCAUCUCCGUGGAGCGCAACCCGCCGGAGUCGCGCCUGCUCCAGCUCGGCGUCAAGUCCUGGCCCAAGUGGGGUUGCCCGCCAGGGAAGUUCCCGGUGAAGUUCGACGCGCGGCAGACGUGCUACCUGCUCAAGGGCAAGGUGCGGGCGCACAUCAAGGGCUCGUCGGAGUGCGUGGAGUUUGGCGCCGGCGACCUCGUCGUCUUCCCCAAGGGGCUCAGCUGCACCUGGGACGUCGCCGCCGCCGUCGACAAGUACUACAAGUUCGACUCGUCCUGAUUCCGAUCAUAUCGCUCGUGCUCGAUAGAUUUCGCUGAUUGAUCCGCUAGCUAGCUUAUUGAUUGGGCUGUUUAAUCCUGCUGCUAAUUUGCUUACGUAGUUUGUAUCUAUUUCUAUUUCUUUAGGAUAGGACUUGUCUAUUUCUAAUUUGUCCUCUCUAUUGUGUAAAAAGAAAAAAAAAUGGAGUGCAGGGCAUCUAGCCCCUGCGUAGGCCAGUCGUUAUUCAUCCAGGAACUGAAAAAAAAAGGGUCAAUGCAGGGGCUGUUCAAAGUAUUCUUCUUUAUUCCUCGCAAUCCAUUUUGAUUAUUUUUUUCUUUGGCCAAGGCCCUUGGACUACGCUGUCUCUUCUCUUUUUCCUUUUUCGCUUCUCCUUUUUCUGUGCUUUUUCCCAGACUUAACACUGACCAUUUGGAAUACAGCCAUUAACACUACCACCAUUUAGGUAGUGUUUGGUUCUUGAA